UGACUUCAGUCGCUGAUGCUAGGAGCAUUGUCCAGGCCUUAUCUAUCCAGUGGAAAGAAGAGCUCUGAAAUCAUGGCAGGGAAACCUAAGCUUCACUAUACCAGAGGAAGAGGGAAGAUGGAGUCAAUCCGGUGGCUGUUAGCAGCAGCUGGGGUUGAAUUUGAGGAAGAAUUUAUAGAAAAAAAAGAAGACCUAGAAAAAUUACGCAACGAUGGAUCCCUGCUGUUCCAGCAAGUGCCCAUGGUGGAAAUCGAUGGGAUGAAGAUGGUGCAGACCAGAGCCAUCCUCAACUACAUAGCAGGGAAAUACAAUCUCCAUGGGAAAGACCUGAAGGAGAGAGCCUGGAUUGAUAUGUAUGUGGAGGGAACAACAGACCUGAUGGGAAUGAUCAUGGUUCUCCCUUUUCAAGCAGCGGAUGUGAAAGAAAAGAAUAUUGCCUUAAUCACUGAACGAGCUACAACCAGAUACUUUCCUGUUUAUGAAAAGGCCUUAAAAGACCAUGGUCAGGAUUAUCUUGUUGGCAACAAGCUAAGCUGGGCAGACAUCCACCUGCUGGAAGCCAUUUUAAUGACAGAAGAACUUAAGGCUGAUAUACUGUCUGCAUUCCCUCUGCUACAGGCUUUUAAAGGAAGAAUGAGCAAUAUCCCAACCAUCAAAAAAUUCUUGGAGCCUGGCAGCCAGAGGAAGCCACCAUCAGAUGAGAAGUCAGUUGCUAAUGUGAGGAAAAUAUUCAGUUUCUAGUCACGUGGCUGCUACAGAUAACGGGCCUGUAGUCAAUUACCUAAGCUGUGCCUCUGAAGUGUAAACUGCGUAGAUCUAUUCUGUGGUUUGUGCCCUAUACUCUUUGAGAUGGAAGACAAUUUAGAUUAGAGUAAAAGGCUGUUGGACCUGCUGAUUACAGAAGGCAGUGUUUUAUUACCAAGAGUUCUUGCUACCAUCAGUUACACAAAAUAAAAUAUACUGCUGUUUGCUGUUUGGUUAGCCAUUAAUUGCAGUACAUGCCUGGUGAAGUGUUUCAGCUGUAGUUUCCAAAGCACGGCAACAAAGCCUCUUUCCUCCCUUUUUAUUAGUUGCAGCCCAGAAGAGCCACUCCAUAACAUUUGAUAAUUCAUUUUUUACUUUACCUGGUCAAAACUCGAUGUAUCCCUGUGCAUUUAUUUGCUGCCUGUAUUAAAAAAUAAAAAAAUAAAUAAAUAAAA